AUGUUUAUUUUAAAUUUGUUUACUCCGGUUUUAACUAUUUUUACUACAAUUUUUCUGUAUGAAAUAAGAGUAGUUGUUUUGCUAUUAAGUUUAAUCUUGUACUAGUAUUAUGUAAUUUAUAAGUGUCUUAUUUUGUAUGACUCUAACGCAAUAAGAAAUUCAGAACACUACUUGUUAUAUUAAGUGAAUGUAUAAAAUUUAAAUAAUUGCUAUGUAUUUGUAAGAUGAUUCCAUUGUAUGUAGAUAAUGGUGUGGCUUAUGUAUGGAAUGCGGACGAUUGGCUGACACUUCGUACAAAAUCUCGUAUAUGUGGAGCUCUAAUUGGAACAGUUCCUUCAUUUCCUAGACAAAAUGAUUUUCAAGGACUACCUUUGGCUCUUAUGUCUGAAGAAUCGGCUUUAUUAGUUGAGAUUGGUGUUUGUGAAUUACACAUUGCAAAAAAUUUGAAUGAUGCCCCUGGAGAAGAGGAAAAACUGAAUAUUGAAAGUUCAGAACAAAAGAUACUAGAAGAGCAAAAUGAGGCAUUCCGGAAAAAGAAAAUUGAACAAAUAUCACAAAAAAUUGACAUUAUACUAGCAGGAAAGCAACAAAAGUUAUUACAAAAAGGACUUUCUGAUGUGCACUUAGACAAAGAAACAUUAUUACAAGAAGAAAUAAAUAAGUUUCCAAGUUUAACAGCAUCUCAAGCAUUGGUGCAUCUCCCCACAGAACAUGGAAGAGAGUUAGUCACAGAAACAGUGUCAAUUGAUUGCUUGCAACCAAGUGUAGUUGAUAGAGAGGGCAGUAUCCGAUAUAAAACUUUUAAGGAUCUUUGGUCAAAAGGACAUUAUAUAACAAGUGGGUCUAAAUUUGGCUGUAACUAUUUACUAUAUCAAGGAGAUCCUGUAAGAUUUCAUGCCACUUACAUGGUUCGAUGUGUAUAUGACACAUUAGCUCAAUUCCGACCAACUAACUUGGUUGCUUUUGGUCGACUGUCAGUUGCUGUUAAUAAAUUAGCUAUACUAGCUUUCGCUAACGGUAAUUGCGAGAUCGAAUAUCAAACACUUCAAUGGCACGAUAAUAUAAACUGAUUUAAAUAUG